AAAUCUCAAAUAAAAUCCCCUCCCCCACCCACCACCAUUUCCCAAUCUCCACUAAACAAAAUCAUCAAGCCACUCCCUCAUUCUUGGCCUUUCUCAACGUCCACCACCUUCAAUCUCCACCCACCUCUCUCUCUCUCUCCUCUCCUCUCCUCUCUUUUUCUCUCAAAAAUCAAAAAACCAAACCAAAAUGCUAGGAAAAAAGAUGGUGAGUUUCAAAAAGCUAGCAAAGAAAGUGAAGGUUAUGGGAGGAGCUGAGAGGGAGCCAUCAUACCAUGAGUGUCUACUGAUCAGAGAUUCAGAGCAAGGAGGCUCUCCGUCGUCGAAAACCCCGAUCGGGUUUCUGGCCUUGUAUGUAGGGGAGGAGCUCCAGAGGUUUGUGGUGCCAACAAGCUCCCUUUCUCAUCCACUCUUCAAGAUGUUGCUGGAGAAGGCUUACAAUGAGUACGGCUUUCAGCAGAGAAAUGGCCUUGUGGUGCCCUGCAGCGUCUCAGCUUUUGAAGAGGUUUUGAAUGCUGUGGAAUGCAGCAAUGGCAAGUUUGAUUUUGGUGAACUAGUUGAGGAGUUUAUUUCCUGAGUCAACAGAUAUAUUUUCUUUUUGUACAAGCAACAGAGAGAGAGAGAUGAAUCGAAAAUCUGGACCUCAAGUGUUAGUCACAUAGGGUGACCGGCAAGGCCGAGUCAGAAAGGCUUUUUAUGCAGAAGAUGAAUGCUCUUAACCAAACUGAGCUACGACCCCUCAAGUAGAAUGUUGUGUUUAGAUGUUUUAGAUUUAGCUUAGUGAUUAUGGGUUUAUAAUUCCAUGUACUAGAA